AUGGAGCUAAAAGAACAAAUACAGCCACAUGCAGUACUGAUACCAGUUCCUUUUCAAGGCCAUAUAAAUCCCUUCACACAUCUUGCCAUGAAACUUGCCUCAAGAGGUUUUACCAUCACCUUUGUCAACACGGAAUCAACUCACGAGCGGAUAGCUAAAGCUCACUCACAUAAAGAUGACGACAACCCUUUCUCCCAUGCAGAGGAAUCUGGUCUUGACAUUCGUUAUGCUAGAAUCAGCGAUGGUUUUCCACUGAGUUUUGACAGGAGAGCCAACGCGAGCCAGUUCAUGAUAGGUCUCACUCAUGUUUUCCAAGCUCAUGUCGAUGAUUUCAUUGAAAAUCUAGUCCUCUCAAAACCAAAUCCACCAGUAUCUUGUAUAAUAGCUGACAGUUUCCACGUAUGGGGAUCAAUGAUUGCCAAGAAAUAUAAUCUCAUCAAUGUCUCAUUUUGGACUGAACCAGCAACAGCGCUUACAGUCUUCUAUAACGCGGACCUGCUCAAGAGAAAUGGCCACUUUGGGCGACAUGAUAAGUACGACGACACCAUAAGUUACAUACCAGGAAUUCAAGCCAUUAAACCAGAGGAUUUACCUUCAUAUUGUCAAGAUGCUGAUCCAAACGAUAUUAAAUAUGUGUUCAAGUGUAUUGAAGAUGCACAGAAAGCGGACAUUGUCAUUGGUAACACGGUACAAGAGCUAGAGUCUUCAACUAUCUCGGCCUUACAAGAGCAGCAACCAUUCUAUGCAAUUGGGCCACUCUGUCCCACAAACUUUACCAAGAAAACAAUUUCAACGAACCUGCUACCGACAACAGAUUACACCAACUGGCUCAAUAACAGACAAGAUGGUACAGUGUUAUACAUCUCAUUUGGUAGUCUCGUUAAUUUAAGCAAACAGGAUAUUCUGGAAAUAGCACAAGGCAUUCUGAUAAGUAAAGUGAGUUUCAUUUGGGUGCUACGUCACAAUAUCUUAGUGUCUGGAGAAAGAAACAUUUUGCCUCUCGGAUUUGAGGAAGAAACUGCAGAUAGAGGAUUGGUUGUGCCGUGGUGCUCUCAACUAGCAGUACUAUCACAUCCAGCAGUCGGAGGGUUUUUGACUCAUUGUGGGUGGAAUUCAAUCUUGGAGAGCAUAUUGUGUAAAGUUCCAAUGGUGUGCUUUCCUGUUAUCGGGGAUCAACUUACUAACAGGAAAUUAGUGGUUGAUGAUUGGAGGAUCGGUGUGAACCUUUGCACUAGAGGAUUGAUCAGGAGGGAGGUAGUAGCGGAGAAUAUUGGAAAGAUAAUGAAUAGAUCAGAUGAAUCGAGGAAGAAUAUCGAUAAAACAAAGAUGCUACUUCAAAAUGCACUUUCUGAUGAGGGGUCUUCAGAUAAGAACCUCAACCAAUUCAUACAAGACAUGAAGAACAAGAUUCUUCAGAAAAAUUGAGCUUCUUAUCACAUUCUCACUAACCAAUUACCGUUCUGUUAUGCCAAAACAUAGCAAUUGAUGUAUUUUAAUGUAUUUUUUUUCAUGAAGUAGCUUAGCAAGUGAGGUAUUAGUUCUAUAAGGUUUCAGAGUGAAUAAUGGCAUAACAGACAAUUAAUGUUAUGCCUUAAACUAGUAAGGUCAGCUAUAUAUAUCCUUGCUUGUCCUGUUCCAUUUGAACCAGUUGAAUAAUGACAUGGCAUAAUUGCGAGAGUUCAACGUCUAUAUAGCAUGUCAGUAUAAUUGUUUUGUAUACUCACGUAAAAUAUCUACGUCUGAUAAUGACAACAGUAACUACGUCUCAGUCCAAAA